AUGGUUGUCUUGUCCAAACCAGCGGUUAUUGAACACUUAUCUCUAGUUAACAACACCACAUUAUUCCAUGGUGUACCAUUGAUUGACCUCUCGAAGCCCAACUUAAACAGCCUUCUUGUCAAGGCCUACCGAGAAUUUGGAUUACUUAAGGUCAUCAAUCAUGGUGUCCCAACUGAAUUCAUAACCAAAUUAGAAUCUCUAGCUAUUCAAUUCUUCUCUUUACCUCUCCCUGAAAAAGAAAAAGCAGGCCCUCCCGACCCUUUUGGCUAUGGCAACAAGAAAAUUGGCACCAAUGGAGAUGUUGGUUGGAUUGAAUACAUUCUCUUAAAAACCAAUACUGAUGUCAAUAACCAAAAAUUUGCAUCAAAUUCUGGCGAAUCCCAAGAGACUUUUCGUUGUAUCGUGAAUGACUACGUGUCAUCCGUUAAGAAAAUGGCUUGUGAGAUUCUUGAAAUGUUGGCUGAAGGGCUGAAGAUUCAGCCAAGAAAUACGUUCAGUAAGCUUCUUAUGGAUGAAGAGAGUGACUCUGUUUUCAGGCUGAAUCAUUACCCUCCAUGCCCUGAUGAUCAGUUUAAGGGCAGAAAUUUGAUUGGUUUUGGUGAACACACUGACCCACAAAUCAUUUCUGUUUUGAGAUCUAACAACACUUCUGGUCUUCAAAUCUCAUUGAAAGAUGGCAAUUGGAUUUCAAUCCCUCCUGAUCAAAAUUCAUUCUUCAUUAAUGUUGGUGACUCAUUACAGGUACAUGUAUAA